UGCGGUCGUGCGUGCGUGCGUGCGUGCGUGCGUGCGAGCGUGCAACAUGCGGGCGUGCAAACGUGCUUGAGCGAGCUUAUAAUCGUGGUUUUCGUGUCGACGCCACCGCUGCCGCCGACGUUGUCGUCGUCGCUGUCGUCUCGUUGAGGUGCUAUUUCGUUCGCCGACCCUCCACGAGGAGGAACAGCCCCAUUCGAGUCUCGUGCUUGAGGUGAGGAGAAAGAAAGAAGAGAAACAAGGACAGACAUAUACGGUGCACUGUCCAAGUGCUAGGGGUAGCGGAGAAGUGAAAGGGACGCCGCUCUUCAGCAAGCGGCGGAGUGGCAUACGAAGGGUGCGUUCGCGUGCGACGAAGAGAGGAGAGGCGAAGGCAUCGCGGGACGGAGUGCGGACGAACGGGGUGAGGGUGGCCCAGCCGGAAGAAGGACGGAACAGGGUGAGGAUCGGCGACGCCCGGCAGAAUGAGAGAGAUCGCCAAUCACCGAUCGAGCAGGGACCCAGCGGCCCUUCGCGCGAGAGAUGGUUUUUAGAAGGAAGAGGGCAUGACGCACCGAACUCAUGCAGUGGCGAAAACACGUGCGCAUCAAGUACGGUGGUCGAGUCGGUGUCGGUCAAGGACAGCGGGAGCGGGAGCAGGUGCAGCUGCAGGUGCGCGUGGUGCAGCUGCAGCGGGAAGGGGGCGCACGACUCAGCUACGUCUGUCAUCAACCUCAACUCUCGUCGACGGCUCGCCGCAGCUGCAGCGCAGCAACCAUGCUCUGCUGUGGCCGCAGGAAAGAGGGCCGGGGGGAAGUGACAGACAUAAGCGCAAGUCCUGGGAGGCAGACACCUGCCAACCAGUUGCGCCCCAAGGAACCACCCCCCAUGGUCAUUCAAGGAGACUUCAGGAAGGUGAGCGGGAUCAGUACAGAAAUCUUCAAGCAGAUCGAGACUGUCGAAAACGAUCAUGACGCAUCGACAGCGGCGGCCCUCGAAGCUGUUGAGCGGAGAGGCGAGAUGGUCGUGCGUGUCAUUGAGCCUCGGCAAAUGGGUAGACAGGCUUCCGAGGCGGCGAAAAAAUUUAUUGCCAUGCAGGAUCCUAAGCACCCCAUCCACUUCGUCGAGAUAAUCAAACGACCGGGACAGACUCUCGGCCUCUACAUACGCGAGGGCAACGGCGUCGACAGGAACGACGGGGUCUUUAUCUCCAGGAUAGCUCUGGAGACCGCCGUCUACAACAGCGGCUGCUUGAAGGUGGGCGACGAGAUCCUGGCGGUGAAUCUGGUCGAUGUGACUCAUAUGAGCCUGGAUGACGUCGUGAUCAUCAUGUCGAUACCGAGGCGACUCGUCCUGGCCACGAGGCAUGGCCCGCAUCAACCGGUUUCGCAUAGCCGUCAGACUGAGCACAAGGCGCCGCCCGUGGUGGUCAUCAAGAGGGAAUUGAACGAGGACGAGAAUGAUCACGCGACGAGUAAUCACGUCAGGGAUGGCAGUAGUCGUAGACGAGGCGAUGGACGCGAGAUGUUGCCGUCGCGAUCAAGACUCGGUCUCACGGGUUUGGGAUCGAGCCAGGAUCUCGGAUCGAGCAACGGCGACCUGUACUAUAAUUCACGACCGGAGGGUCACUGGUCCUAUCAACCGCCGCCACCGCCGGUUAUCACGCACCAACCGAAACCUUCGUCGACGCAGCACUUCCAACCGUACGAGCGCGGCUAUCCGAAGACGUUAGAGAGCUUGGCCGAGAAAGAUUUUACAAAGGUACACCCCUUCUACACGGGGCCCAUGAUGCCCUCGUCGAACGGCGGCCGACGUAUGUCGACGGGUGGCGGAAUGCAAUCAGUCGGUGGCAGAUUGUCGGGCCAAACUACGCAGUCGACCCAUUAUGGCUACGGCCAGCAUACCGGAAGCGGAAGGAUCAUGCCGAGGAGUGGUUCCGACCAGCACCUACCCCGAGUCGAUUAUACGAGCAUCACGACGCCGGCGCGACAUACCCUUCUUAGAUCCAGCUUGAAAUCAGGUACGUCAGCAUUGCGUUACAAUACGAGGUACGGUGGACAGACUGAUGUAACGUCCGCUGCGCAAAGACAAGGCCAAUUCGGUACCUUGACAAGGCGACACCGUCCGUCGUUGGACUAUGCCUCCGAUACCGAGGCUACAUGUUCCAGCUCGCCGAAAUCAGCAUAUUACUAUUAUAGGCACAAUAUGAAUAAUCCAUCUCAAAGCAGCGCUGUGUCACAUUUAGCUACCCUAUCGAGGUCACAAAUCGGUCAGAGUUCCUCAGGUUUAAGGUCGAAUUCACUACCACGAAGCGGUCGGACAUUGCCCCAGCAGCCUGGUCUCAGGUCGGGCCUCAGCACGGUCGCGUCGGGCCUGAUCGAUCAAGAGGACAGCGAUGGCGCUCUAUCGGCGCCGGAAUUGCCUUCCAUCAGGCGUGACAGAGGCAGGAUACCAUCCUCGCCGAGUGUAUUCACGUCGGACGAAUACCGCGCCUGGCUGAGUCGCACACCGAGUACCAGUGCUCUGUACGAACAGAUCAGGGCGACCACAAGUAGACCGCCGCGUUAUACAUACAGCGCCGAGAACAUUCACGCAGCCGCCAAUCAGGGUGAUUACGGCAGUUAUGGUGCAUACAGGCCGCUCUCGACCACGCUUGAUCGUCUAUCAACGAGGUCAGCCUCGGCACAGCAGGUCAAUCUCGCGAAUCUAAGAGCGUCGACGGCCAUCAGUUCGACAUGCCAUCGCGGUACAACGAAUCCGAGGCCGGCCUCGGUGGCUUCGAGCGCGCGCUCAUCGUUGGCGGCUCAGAAAGCAUCGCUGACGAGUUCCGCGAGCCAACGGGCGACGUCGGUCAGGAGGAUUAGGAAUCUGUUGGACUUGGAAUCCACGAGGAGUAUACCUACCCCAACGCCUACCAGAACUCAGGGUCAAAUACUGCUAGAUAUUAAUCCUGCGGAGUUCCUCAAGUAUAAAAUAGAGAAGCCACCGACUGUGGGCACACCGAGUUCGACCAGUUCGCUUUUGAGCUCGCUCGGGGAGACGACCGGCGGUGAUUUGGCAAGCGGAGCCAGCGGAUUGUUGUCGGUUCAUCUUUUAGCAGGACGCGGUCUCCGAUCGACUACGACCUCAUCAGCUGCCACGACACCUUCUACUCCCUCAGGUCAGCCGAAUUUAGCUAGUUGCGGCUUGAGAGACUUGUACUGCGUAUUGGAGUGCGAUAGGGUGCACAAAGCACGCACGGUAGUGCGAACUGGCGAUCUGAUGUUCGAUUGGGACGAAACCUUCGAGCUGGACCUCGUAGGCAAUCGGCAGCUGGAUCUGCUCGUUUACUCUUGGGACCCACAGUACAGGCAUAAGCUCUGUUAUAAGGGAUCGGUGCAUUUAGCGAGUCUGUUAAAAGAGUCGCCGGAACAUCAACUAGCUGUCAAAGUCGAGCCACGUGGUACAAUUUAUCUAAAACUGCGAUACACUGACGCCCAACAAACUUUCCGACGAAGAGGUCUACCAGUCAUAUCCUUAGCUACGAGGGUGGCGCCUCUUUUCGGGGUUGAUUUGGAUACAGUAGUAAGUCGAGAAACCAAGACUGGUGGAGUUCCCGGUGGAGUUUCCACAGCUUUGGCGAUGGGAGUUCCAAACGUUCCAAUUAUCGUGUGGCGUUGCGUCGAAGAAGUGGAGAGAAGAGGACUCGAUAUUAUCGGUUUAUACAGGCUCUGCGGUUCGGCGACCAAGAAGAGGAUACUUCGGGAAGCUUUCGAGAGGAACGCGCGAUCCGUGAAUUUGUCGCCCGACAACGUGCCGGAUAUCAAUGUCAUCACCGGCGUACUGAAGGAUUAUCUACGUGAACUUCCGGAACCUCUCUUCACCAAGUGCCUCUACCAGAUGAUGGUCGACGCACUGGCCGUCUGUUUGCCAGAUGACCCGCAGGGCAAUGCUAAGCUUAUGUUCAGUAUACUAGAUUGUCUGCCUAAGGUGAACAGGUGCACGCUGAUUUACUUACUGGAUCACCUGGCGAUGGUAGUAUCGCAAUGCAAUAAAAUGUCACCUGCAAGUCUCGCUGUUUGCUUCGGUCCGGUAUUGAUGUUACACUCGGAAGAAGGCGGACCUCCGUUAGAUUUCCAACAGCCAAUUGCUGUACUCAAAUAUCUGCUGGAGAUUUGGCCAGUAAAGUCAGUUCGGAAGACUUCUUCAGUCGGUUCAACACUUCCUCGAGUUACGCCACUAGUCGAGCGCAGCAGCAGUCAGCAGCAUCUGCAACAGGCGCAACAGCAAGUGCAGCAGCAAUUGCAGCAACAGGUGCAACUGCAGGGAACAUUGGGACGCACAGGGCUGCCUUGGCAGCAGCCACCCUCACUUCUUCAUCAACCCCAAACUACGGCAGCCGCAGUCCUCGGACCCUCCAUUCGUCCUCCACCACCGGUCAAGCCGCGUCAGGUGAUAGUCUCGUCUCCCGGUUCACCUAGCAGCGAGGAAUCAGAGGCUUCGCCAGAGCCGAUUAAUAAAGGUCUUCUGGGCGGUCUGGGAUACGAAAAAAAUGACGAGACGACGACAACGAUGACGAUGACGACGAUGACGACGACGACGACAUCGAGCACUUCGGGCGGUAUCGGCGUCAACGUAGGCGCCGGUGUCGGCAUCGAGCAAAUAACACCUACGAGCAGCGUCGAUACGGAGGAGGGCAAUCCCCAGCAUCCCGAGGAGGGUGAGAAAGGCGUUGAGGGUGACGUCGAGGCGAGCGACGACGAUCGACACCAGCACAUACCUAAAACGCAUUAAUUGCGACUCGGUGUCGUCGCGUAGGUGUGCGCAGUGAGUAAUGGAGAGACCACGGAGAGACCACGGAGACGACCAUUCCUCAUCGAAAACGCGGACAAACAUUCGAGAUUGAGGAUUGUUUUGUCACCUCGUACUUGUAGUAUUGACGGACAAAAAGAGACAAGCCGAGGGGUUAAACCAAUCGGUUCGAGAAAUAAAAUAGAAUUAGCAAAAAGCAGCUUAAUUAAUUUCGUUGAAAACUGUUAAUUUUAUAGAAUCGUCCUGUAGACAUUCUCGGAUUAUCAGGGCCGCUCGUUUAGCUUUAAAUAUUUGAUAGAGCGCGUCGAAGUGAUUUGGAUCAAAAUCCAACACGGUGCUAAUACUCGAGUGUCGAUUCGUAAAAAUCUUCGUUGCGCACCCCAAUCGAGAACUAUGGUGAUCGAUUGAUUCUAGUCUAUUCUGUUGGGUAUACUUGCUUGCAAAAAGUUGUUAAAGUUAAAUGGAGAACAGGAUAAAAGGAAAUAAAAGAAAUGAUCUAGCUCGGUUAGUGUUACUAGAUUAUGCUGAAGUUGCUACGUAACGAAAUAAAGAAGAACUAAGAAAAAGACUAAGAAAUUUACGAUGGUAAAUUUCUCCUUCGAACGUUACGUCUCAAUUUAUCGCCUCUUUUGAUGAAAUUGAAUUUCGCGAGAAAUAAAAGGAGGUAUGCGACAUUAAAUAUAGUCAUAAAACAGUAGCGCUACCGAGAUGAUCAACCAAACGAAGAGUCAUGGGGAACUAUGAUUGUUAUUCGUUAUAGAGAAAAAUAGAUCAAGAAUCGAUGUACGUAUAUCCGUUUUGUCAGAAACAGAUGCAACUCAGACCGAACUGACAGACAAGCAACGAGUUGAAAGCAGUUUAUGAUAUGUUAUUAAAAAAAUUGCUAGGAGUCGUCUAGCAAUUCGAACACGUUUAAUUCUCCGUAUGUCAUGAGAUUUUCUUCGAAUACACUCAAUGGUCCUUUAAUUUACGGUCUCUCGAAACAAAUAUUAGAUCGCAGAUGGAUCCAUCACGCACACCUUGCCCUUAAUGCCACUUUCUGGGCUACUAAAAA